AUGGCUGGAGUAUUAGGUGGGGAAUGUUCAUACAAUGAGAGUGGCGUUUCCUCAUUCUCCAGGAACUCCACUGAAAAUCAGAAUCAGGAAGAGGGUUCCCGCUGGUAUUUUGGAAGGAAAGAAAUAGAGGAAAACUCGCCGUCCAGGUUGGAUGGUAUUGACUUGAAGAAGGAAACGUAUCUACGCAAGUCUUAUUGUACUUUUUUGCAGGAUUUGGGAAUGAGAUUAAAAGUUCCACAGAUUACAAUAGCUACAUCAAUAAUCUUCUGCCAUCGGUUCUUCAUUCGCCAGUCACAUGCUAAGAAUGACAGAAGGACUAUUGCUACAGUGUGCAUGUUCCUUGCUGGAAAAGUUGAAGAAACUCCAAGGCCGUUAAAAGAUGUUAUUGUUGUCUCCUAUGAGAUAAUACACAAGAAGGAUCCUGCUACUGCACAGAGAAUCAAGCAAAAGGAAGUAUAUGAGCAACAAAAAGAGCUUAUACUUAUCGGAGAAAAGAUUGUACUUUCCACAUUAGGAUUUGACUUCAAUGUUUAUCAUCCUUAUAAACCUCUUGUUGAAGCAAUUAAGAAAUUUAAGGUCGCACAGAAUGCUCUGGCCCAAGUUGCAUGGAAUUUUGUUAAUGAUGGUCUGCGGACGUCACUCUGCCUGCAAUUUAAGCCUCACCACAUUGCGGCGGGUGCAAUUUUUCUUGCUGCCAAGUUCCUUAAAGUGAAACUACCAUCGGAUGGAGAGAAGGUUUGGUGGCAAGAAUUUGAUGUCACACCUCGACAACUGGAAGAUGUUAGCAACCAAAUGCUUGAGCUCUAUGAGCAAAACCGUGUUCCUGCAUCUCAAGUAAGCGAGGUAGAGAGUAGUGUAGGUGGAGGAUCAGGUCUUCACGCUGGUUCGAAACCAAUAUCAGCACGCCCAACUCAUGAACAUUCAAAUUCUGAUAAUCAUGGAGGCUCUUCAAAAGCUACAGAAAACCAGGGGAAUGAUAACGGAAGUGGUGAGGCAGGUAGUGUCAUCACGGAGCAUACAGAAAAUCAUCCAGCCAAUAAGUCUAGAUCGGGAGUUGAGGAACCUGGGAAGGAAAAAACAGAGAGAGUAGAUGCAUUUCUUCCAGAUGAUAGUGCUGCUCAUGAUAAAUCUAGAAAUGUUAAUACAAGUGAUGUUCCGGUCAGUCAAUCGCCAAAAGACAUAAAAUUGCUAAGAGAUAAGGUGAAGGCCAAACUAGAGGCUAAGAAGCUCCAAGGUGAAAGGACGAGGAAAAAGGAUCUGAUAGAUGAGGAUGAUUUGAUUGAGAGAGAACUUGAAGAUGUGGAAUUAGGUGUUGAAAACGACAAAGAUAGCCAGAAGAAGAACUCCAAAACCAAUCAUGUGGGUACAGAACACGGCGAGCUUCUUGAUGGAAACAACUUUGUGGGCAAUGCCGAGGAAGGUGAAAUGGUUGAGGGUGUUUCUUCAACAGUGCCUAGUCGGAAGAGGAAAUUGGAAAGCCCUUGUGAGAAACAGUUGGGAGAAGGAAAGAGGCAACACAACGACAACAGUGAGAAUGUUGAAGGUCACAAGACAAGCCGAGGAGGAAGUAGCCAUAAUAGUCAUGGUGACCGAGAGCUAAAAAGACACUCCGAAGAGAGGUAA